AGAUGAGCCACCUGUUCAACAUGUUCGUGAAGCAAGUAGCCGAACAUUGCGAUUCCUCCAACAUGCCCGAUUGCCAAAAAGUACUUCUAGUUUACGGCCUGACAAAUCUUGCUAAAAUGGAGGACGAUAGCCUGGAUAAAAUGGACCCUUAUCAACGAGGAGCCAACGAUAUCAUUUGGGAAUCGAUGAUGCACGGCAGCUACAAGAAGAAGGACUCUUCGCUGGAGAACAGAGACUACUACUCGGAUGCAAUUGAACCGAGUACAAGUGAAGGCAACCAAUUGGGUUCUCAGGAGGAGGCUUCCAGUAAAGUGGAAAGUUACGCGGGAAGCAGGUACAUUGUUGGACCAAUGGUUGUGAGGGUGAAGCCCGACGGGAGUCCAGUACCACAAGACGAACCACUCCCUAAAGACGAGGAUGCGGAAGAGUACCAACAGAUGAGAUCCAAGCCCAUUCCUUCCAUUGCGGAGAUCUCUGCCAGGCACGUGUCGAGCAGUAUCUCCACUAGGAGGGCCAGGCACAACGACAACCUCAGUGACAACCACAACUGAGCUCAACGACUGACCUUUACAAAGACCAACCUCUCCCUUGAUCAAAAAUCAAAUACUUUAUUUAUAAUCCUCUUAUAACUGUUAGCAUUUUUGAUUAUCUCGAAAAUGGAGAUCAGUUGGAAAAUAUGUUUUCCAAGCAAACUGUAUUGCAGAGGUUAAGCCUAUAGGGUCUAAUAUUUAAAAUAAGAAUGUAAUACGAUUCAAUGGCCCAGUUAAAAUAUCUAAAUGCAUUCUGGUGAAAAUUAGAUUCAAAAACACAAUAAUCAAUGAUUUGUGCAUUAAAAAAAAAUCUUUUUUUCAACUUAAAAGCCAAAGUUUAUAUAAAGUUUCUUCUGAAACUCCUUAUGAAACAAAUAAAAAUGAAAGUACUUAAAAUUUAGGAACUUUUUUUUUGGAUUAAAAGUCUUAUGAAACAAAUUCUACCUGUUAAAGGAAAUAUAGAUGUUUAAUAAUAUCUUAACAAAAUAAGAUAAUAAACUUGGCUAAUGAAAACUAUAACUAUCUUGUGAAUAAGAUUGGUGUUCUCAUUGAAGAGUCAAUAUUAAAUUUGGAAAAUACAUUAAGCAUUAUAAACCCACAUUAUGUUCCCAUAAGCAAACUAAACAUGAUCAAUCUGUUAUAUUUAUUUAUACAAUAAUAUUUACUGACUGACAUAAUGAAAAAUUUCAAUAAUUGUUGAGUUAUGAUUGCAGUCUAAACAACAUUGUUCAACGGAUCUUACAGUUGCGAUUUAGUAUUUAUUUUUAGAACAGCAAUUGAUCUGAGUAAUAAUUUUGUGGUGAACAAUAACAGUAUGUAUUCAUGAUCCGAAAAAUUCAACCGUCAUAAUUUUAAGCUUUCUACUGUAAAAAAAAUCAAAUACAAAUUUCAUUUACAUAAAUAAGACCUUUGAAAAUAUUCAAUUUUUAAAUAUUUAAAUGAAUGUAAACAUUGUGUAUAUAUAAAAAUAUUGUAAAUAUUUAUUUAGUUUAUAAGUUAACUUUAUUUUAAUUACCUAUUUAAUUAUGUGAUAGAUUUUUCAAACAUAUUUAAAAAAAAAUUAUUUAAAAAAAAAUAAUUCAAUAUUUAUAUUUUUUCAGUUGUAUAAUGAAAAUGUGUCUGAAAGUACAAUUUAAAAAGUGAAUGAUGUUAUUUAUGUAAUGUAUUCCAUUUAAACUUAAGGUUAUUUAAUGAAAGCUGUAAAAGUUGCUUCUAAAUAAAACUUCAAAGCUUUAUCACAAA